AUGUCUGAUGACGAUUUUAUGCAAGAGUCGGAUCAGGAAGAGUACGACUUUGAAUAUGAAGAUGCUGACGACGAUGAGCUCGGCGACAUUGGAAUUGAGAACAAAUAUUACAAUGCAAAACAAAUAAAAGGAGAAAAUCCCGAGGAGGCGAUUGAAGAGUUCCUGGGCGUCCCGUUGUUAGAGCAAGACAAAGGCGAUUGGGGUUUUAAAGGACUAAAACAAGCAAUAAAACUGGAAUUUAAGCUGGGUCGGUAUGACGAUGCUGUUGAGCAUUAUCAAGAACUCCUCACAUAUGUCAAAUCGGCCGUCACGAGGAAUUAUUCUGAAAAGUCAAUCAAUAAUAUGCUGGACUACAUCGAAAAGGGCGCUGAAGACGAGAAAGCCUACCACUGCAUGGAGAAGUUCUAUUCUUUGACGUUGAAUUCUUUCCAGAGCACAAACAAUGAGCGACUUUGGUUAAAAACGAAUAUCAAGCUGGCAAGGCUAUGGCUAGAUCGGAAAGAAUACGGACAACUAAGCAAGAAAGUUCGGGAGCUGCACAAGGCAUGUCAGCGACCUGAUGGAACAGAUGAUCCCGCGAAGGGAACUUACUCGUUGGAAGUUUACGCCCUAGAGAUACAAAUGUACGCGAAUACCAAGAACAACAAGCGGUUGAAAGCUCUGUAUCAGAAAGCUCUGAAGGUCCGGUCUGCCGUGCCACACCCUAAAAUCAUGGGCAUUAUCCGUGAAUGCGGAGGCAAGAUGCACAUGAGUGAGGAAAACUGGAAGGAAGCUCAAAGCGACUUCUUCGAAUCUUUUCGGAACUACGAUGAAGCCGGGUCUAUGCAACGAAUACAGGUUCUGAAAUACCUCGUUCUAACUACUAUGUUAAUGAAAUCCGACAUCAACCCUUUCGAUUCCCAAGAAACGAAGCCCUACAAAAAUGACCCCCGAAUAUCUGCUAUGACGGACCUCGUCGAUGCUUUUCAACGAGACGACAUCCUCGCCUACGAAGACAUCCUAAAAAAGAACCAAGACUUGCUCGCCGAUCCCUUCAUUGCCGAAAACAUCGACGAAGUCAGCCGGACUAUGCGCACGAAGGCCGUCCUCAAGCUAAUUGCCCCAUAUACCCGCUUCUCCCUUGCUUUCGUAUCAAAACAACUUAGAAUCUCCGUUCCCGAAGUUCAAGAUAUCCUCUCCUACCUUAUCCUAGACGGUAAGCUACAAGAUGCGAAAAUCGACGAACUAACCGGCAUUGUGACAAUUGGAGGACGGCACGACUCCGAGAGAUUGGCUGCUGUCGACAUGUGGAUGGGCGAACUGAAUAAGUUAUGGAAUACUGUCCUAAGUCAAGGUGACGGGUUUAGGGCUGACGAAAGUGGGCGCAUGCUCGGCUCCCUUACGGGCGGGGCGAGCCUCGGGAUGGGCCAUGGCGGAUCACAUCUUGGGUCAUUACGGAGCCUUGGGAGGGGACCGCAACAAGGUCACCCGAAGCACGCCAAGGGGAAGCCUACAAAGAAGGCGCAUCGAUAG